AUUGAGGGCAAAAUAGUCUAGUGUAGAUGUACAUAUUUGUAUAUUUCCAUAGUUUGAGAGGGAAGUGCGAGUUUGGGUAAUGAUUGGGAAAAAUAUUGGUGGAUUGAGUGAGUGUUGAGGUUUAAGUUGGGUGGUAGAUUCGUGUAUAUAUCGUGCUUGUCCAACGCUCUCAACUUUUUGUCGCGGUAAGGGGUGGGGUAAAAGCGUGGUCUAUUUAUAAAUUAUAAAAUAAAAUCGGGGGGAUGAUCCACGCGACGCCCACGCCUUCCACUCGCCACGUAACAUUUAUUUAUUGAGAAAAAAAAGGAAUUUUGGCUUUGGGGAUGAUUCCUUUGUAGUUGAACCAGGGGAACCUGCUGUUAUUCGGUUUUCGUCCCUCCAAAAGUGUGUAGUGAUAUUUUAAUUCGACAUUGAGCAAUUAUGUCGUUUCGUGUUGUGCGCAGCAGCAAAUUCCGCCACGUGUACGGUACAGCAUUGAAACGUGAACAAUGUUACGACAACAUUCGUGUUUCCAAGUCGUCCUGGGACUCCACCUUUUGCGCUGUCAAUCCAAAGUUCCUGGCUAUUAUCGUUGAGUCAGCUGGCGGUGGUGCUUUUAUCGUUUUACCACACAAUAAGGUGGGCCGGAUAUCAGCUGAUCAUCCCCUGGUUGGUGGUCAUAAGGGUCCAGUGCUGGACAUAGCAUGGUGUCCACACAACGACAACGUCAUAGCCUCUGGCUCCGAGGAUUGUGUUGUCAAAGUAUGGCAAAUACCCGACAGUGGAAUAUCCCGUACACUGACAGAACCAGUGGUAGAUCUGCAACUGCAUCAGCGACGAGUCGGUCUUGUCUUGUGGCAUCCUACUGCCCUCAAUAUCUUAUUGACCGCUGGCUCGGACAACCUGGUUAUAGUCUGGAACGUGGGGACCGGUGAGCCCCUGGUCAAAAUGAGCUGUCAUCCUGACGUUGUUUACUCGGCGUGUUGGAAUUGGGACGGCUCCAGGCUCGUUACCACGUGUAAGGACAAGAAAAUCAGGAUACUCGAUCCGAGGUCUGGGGAAGUUCUGCAGGAGGAUGUUGCUCAUGAGGGGAGCAAGGCUACAAGGGCUAUUUAUCUCAGGGGUGGAUUAAUAUUCACGACUGGCUUCAGCAAAAUGUCGGAACGUCAAUACUCCUUGCGUGCACCCGACAUGCUUGGUGAGCCAAUUGUUAUGGUUGAAUUGGACACUAGCAAUGGUGUUAUGUUUCCACUUUACGAUCCUGACACGAGUCUCGUUUAUCUAUGCGGUAAAGGUGACUCUGUGAUACGUUACUUCGAGAUAACACCGGAACCACCGUUUGUUCAUUAUAUUAAUACAUUUCAAACGCCGGACCCCCAAAGAGGAAUAGGAAUGAUGCCAAAACGUGGCUGUGACGUUAAUAGUUGUGAAAUCAGUAGAUUUUACCGCUUAAACAAUUCUGGUUUUUGCCAGGUCAUUUCGAUGACUGUACCUAGAAAGUCCGAACUCUUCCAAGAGGAUCUCUAUCCCGAUACCCCCGGCCAUACAGCUGCAAUAUCCGCUGAAGAGUGGAUAAGUGGUACUGACGCCGAACCUCUCCUCAUUUCUCUGAGAGAUGGUUAUCAACCUGCUACCUCCAAAAAUGAACUAAAAGUUACGAAAAAGGCCAAUGUACUUGGCAAAGGUGCCAAAGUAGGUGCGAAUGCACAAAAUGCAUCGCUAAAUUCAGGAAUAUCCGAUGAUAUUAUCAAAGAGUUUGCCGAGGAAAUACGUAAAUUGAAGGCAGUGAUAGUUAAACACGAAGGGAGAAUUCGUGUGCUUGAGUCAGCCGUGGCGCUACAAAUGAAAGAAGAAGAGAGAAAUGAGAAAUCGGCGACAACUGACGACAAAGAGUAUCUUGCAUCCGAUGAAGUCUAAUUGAACAAAAAAAAGAGAUAUUGCACCCUAUGACAGAAACAACAAAUAUAUACAAAUGGUAUUUUUGUAAUUGAACAACAUAAACAGAAUUUGUUUUAUAGAAGUGAGAAACAAGAAAGAAGACACUAAACAAAAUGUUGAAAGAUCGUAUUAUAUUUUGAUAUUGAGAAAUGACAGAGAAAGAAAAAAGUAAUUUGUGUAAAUAUUAGAAUACUAGAGUCGCCUUUAAUUCAGAAAUCAUUUUGCUACGAUCUUUGUUAUUUAUUGUAAUUUGUAAAUUCAAGCAAUUCAUCGUGCCUCUGGCUCCUACCCCUCCCCGCCAUCUUCCACUAUCCCAAAUCCUCUGUUCUUACUGACCAUUUACAUAUUUUAUAACAUUUUGUUUUUCAUGUACGAUAGAUCAAUUGACAUCACAAAAUCUUUUUUAGAAAAACUGACGUAUGCAUUAUUGCUGAUUAACAAAUAUUAACUCUACCUCCUCUCAAUUUUAUCAAUCAAGAUUUUUAAUAAUUAAUUUUUUGAGUCUUAAGCGUAUUGCGAUAAAACGAGACAAUCAAACAAAAUAUGUGACAAAUCUACAAAAACAACGAAUGAGUGCCUAAGAGAGUUGAGUACUUUUGUAUAAAUAGUAUGAGACCUGUUGUAACACCGAAAUAAUAGAAUUCUAUUAUUAAACAAAAAAUUAA